GCUUGCUGGGAUCAUGGCGGAGAAUCACUGCGAGCUGUUACCGCCGACCCCGGGCGGCCUCGGGGCGGGGCUGGGGGGCGGCCUGUGCCGCCGCUGCAGCGCGGGGCUAGGCGCCUUGGCCCAGCGUCCCGGCAGCGUGUCCAAGUGGGUCCGGCUCAACGUCGGCGGCACCUACUUCCUCACCACCCGGCAGACGCUGUGCCGGGAUCCGAAAUCCUUCCUGUACCGUUUGUGCCAGGCCGACCCCGACCUGGACUCGGACAAGGAUGAAACAGGUGCCUAUUUAAUCGACAGAGACCCCACCUACUUCGGGCCUGUGCUGAACUACCUGAGACACGGGAAGUUGGUCAUUAACAAAGACCUCGCAGAGGAAGGGGUACUGGAGGAAGCAGAAUUUUACAAUAUCACCUCACUAAUAAAACUUGUAAAGGACAAAAUUAGAGAGCGAGACAGCAAAACAUCACAGGUGCCAGUGAAGCACGUGUACCGCGUGCUACAGUGUCAGGAAGAGGAGCUCACACAGAUGGUGUCCACCAUGUCUGACGGCUGGAAGUUUGAGCAGCUGGUCAGCAUCGGCUCCUCCUACAACUACGGGAGUGAGGACCAGGCUGAGUUCCUCUGCGUGGUCUCCAAGGAACUGCACAACUCCCCAUAUGGCACGACCAGUGAGCCCAGCGAGAAGGCCAAGAGUGACGAUGAGGACACGGGUCACGAUGGGGAUGACUCAGAUUAAGUGUAAAUGUCAUGAUUUUGCAAGAACGAGGUUCAAGGAUGUGAGGAUCACAGUGUUGACAGCUGAGGAAACGUACCUUUUCCUAAGAAGCAAUGAUCCGCCGUGUCGAGGAAGCUUGGCCGUGAGAAGAAACCUGCUUUUGACAAUUUCUCUAGAGAUCUGGGUGUGACUCCUUUUUUGCCUCUGAGGUGGGUGGUGAGAGACGGGACCAGCUGUCUGAGGACAGGCGUCCCCACUCAAAGGUGGCAUGCUGCCCCAGUGGGCGUCCCCAUGGGGACCUCAGCUUGGCUUUCCCAAGUGCCACUCGGGCCUGAGGCAGGACGCUCCUGACUGACCCCUUUAAUCACCGAAGAUCAUUUAAAGGACAGCGUUCUUGGUGCUACAUAAACAGUCUGUAACGGA